UCUGUCCGAACGGGGUUGUGCGGGCGCGCGGCGAGACCCACUCCCCCUUCCACCUAAUUUGAAUUCGGGUCGGACAAAGCAAAUAAUCGCAUUUUAUCUCCCCCCAAGUUUUACACACGUCUGCGUGUAUUCAUCCACCAGUCGGCCGCGCGCAGGAUCGGUCGCUGGUUCCGCCGCCUGCACCCGGGGCAGCUGCGGACUCCCGGUCCACCUCUCGGUCCUUCGGUACCGUCGUUGUAAGGAUCCAGCGGGGGAGAGGGGGGGAAACAAACCAAACUUGGAGGAAAGUUGGGAUGUGGCAAGCAAAUUUCCGACGAAUGCAUCAUUUAGCGGACUGGAUCUCAGGGACGGUCAUGGGAGGCUGCGUCGGGAGGAAUCGGAUGGACGGACGAGGGAGCGCCGGAAGCUCCACAAGGAGUAAAAAGCGUGGAGGACGCAAUGAGCCCCUGAAGAAGGAUCGUCCAAAAUGGAAGAGCGAAUACCCCAUGACGGAGGGCCAGCUAAGGAGUAAGAGGGAUGAGUUCUGGGACACGGCGCCAGCCUUCGACGGAAGGAAGGAAAUCUGGGAUGCGCUUAGAGCUGCGGCCCUGGCUGCAGAGUGCAAUGACCUGGAGCUAGCACAGGCUAUCGUGGAUGGAGCCUGCAUCACUCUGCCUCACGGCUCCCUGACCGAGAGUUAUGACGAACUGGGCAACCGCUACCAGCUGCCCGUCUACACCCUGGCCCCGCCCCUCAACCUCAUCAGCGAAACUGCCAGUGAAAUCGAAGUGUCCGAACACGCCGAGAAACAAGCCCCGCCCCCUCCACCCAAGCAGGAGUUCCAGCUGCGCGUGCGACUGUCAACCGGUAAGGACUUGCGUCUCACAGCCAGCAUGGCAGACUCCAUCUCCGAGCUGAAGAAGCAGCUGGAGGGACAGGAGGACAUCCAUGUGGCCCAGCAGAGGUGGUUCUUCUCUGGGAAACUCCUCACCGACAAGACCCGACUACAGGACACCAAGAUCCAGAAGGACUUUGUCGUCCAAGUCAUUGUCAACCAAAACCCUCCAGUCAUAGUUAACUGA